GGCAACCGGCUCUAAACUACGGCCUCUAAGACACCUAAAAUUCAUCCAAUGGACAUCAAACUCCGUACAGCUUUCGAUCAAUACCUAUUCUCACUUGCMACCAAUGUUCAKCCUCCAGUGAAAAAUAUUUUCCGAGAUAUUUUAGUCAGAAGAUCAAGCCAGAGUAACAUAGUUUGGCGGAAACUUGUAAUUUGAUACAAAUUAGCAUCUAAUUGCGCGCCCAUUUAUCUCCUGUAUUAGUUGCAGAGACUUUUUUUUGGAGAGCAAUAAAAGGCUAGCAAAGGAGAGUACGUGCCUAUGCAAUAUAUAUCCAACAGUGGUUGCUCAGCGUCUUCUCAAUCAGGGACCUGAUUUGUAGGUCAAGCGGUGAAAAUGAGGUCUAAUAUUAGCCUAGGAACAGUAGGAUUUCUCAGCGUAAUUGAGGUGCUCAGCGUCUUCUUAACUAGGGACCUGAUUUCUAGGUCACGCGGUGAAAAUGAGGUCUAAUAUUAGACUAGGAACAGUAUGAUUUCUCAGCGUAAUUGAGGUGCUCAGCGUCUUUCUUAUAAUUAGGGACCUGAUUUUUAGGUCACGCGGUGAAAAUGAGGUCUAAUUUUAGCCUAGGAACAGUAGGAUUUCUCAGCGUAAUUGAGGUGUUAUUAAAAAACGUGGAGCAACUUAUGUUGGCUCUCAGAUCCACCGUCUACGCCGCCCAUGUCUACCAGGUCCUGUGWUYUUAUUUUGUUGUAAUUUUCCUUUCCAGCAAAGAGACGUGAUUAUAGUAUCAAUACGAAAUGAUCACAACCUGCAUAUCAUUGACCUAACUUCAGAUGAACCUCGUGAGAUACGGACCAUCAACAUGAACCUGAUUGGAGAUGAUUUUGUCAGUUUUACUGCCAUGGAUAUAAGCUGUAGCCCAGAAGAUAAUUUUAUUCUUGUUUCAACAGAUCACAACAGAAUAAUAAUGUUCGAUUUUAAUUCUGGUGAUCAGGUAGGAAACUUUUAUGGAAGUAUAAACGAUGAAUUCAGUCAACCACGAAGCUGCUGGCAUCCAUCGGGAAAGUAUAUCUACUCUACUUCUCAAGAUAAAUGUGUUAUCGUAUGGGAGGUGGCUAGUCAAGCAGUUGUUGGAAAAMUACGUGGUCACAAUGGUAUCGUGCGUGACAUGUGGUAUUGCGAGCCUUUUUCGGCAUUAGUUUCCUGCGGUUUUGAUGGAGAUGUCCGCCUUUGGCACCACGGAGAGCAAGCCACUACGUAAUUUGAUAAAUAGACAUUUUAUUGCAAUUAAAUCAAAUUUAAUUACAGAAAUAAAAAAUCUGCCAGA